UUGAAAUGUGACAUUGCUCUCAACAUCUCACAUCUCUCUGGAUUUCUUUUUUCUCAUCAUUACUGCUAACAAAUUCAUUUCCAGACUUUGCACUUUUAAGAAGCAAUGGAAAAAAUCAACAGUCUUUCAACACAAUUAGUUAAGUGCUGCUUAUGUGAUUUCUUGAAGGUGAAGAUGCACACUGUGUCCUACAUUCAUUUCUUCUAUCUUGGCCUGUGUUUGCUUACCUUAACCAGUUCUGCUGCUGCUGGCCCAGAAACACUCUGCGGUGCUGAGCUGGUUGAUGCUCUUCAGUUCGUGUGUGGAGACAGAGGCUUUUACUUCAGUAAGCCUACAGGGUAUGGAUCCAGCAGUAGACGCUUACACCACAAGGGAAUAGUGGAUGAAUGCUGCUUCCAGAGUUGUGACCUGAGGAGGCUGGAGAUGUAUUGUGCUCCAAUAAAGCCACCUAAAUCUGCACGCUCUGUACGUGCUCAGCGCCACACUGAUAUGCCAAAAGCACAAAAGGAAGUGCAUUUGAAGAAUACAAGUAGAGGGAACACAGGAAACAGAAACUACAGAAUGUAAGAACAUGCCAUCCACAAGAACGAAGAAUGAAUGUGCCAUCUGCAGGAUACUUUGCUGUAAAUAAAUUAUUUGUUAAACAUUGGAAGACUUAAAAAAACCUAUGGUUUAAUAAGCUUGAUGCAAUCUCAACCAAUGGGCAUUCUCCCAGUGAACAAUGCAACUAAACAUUCCAAUAUUAAGUCUUUAGAGAACAGAACAUUUUAACCAGCCCAGAGCUAAAAAUUUCUGUGGUUGAUAGAUUACUGUUAACCUGUUUUAAAUGUCCUGCACAAAAUCUCUUAAAGUCCUGUGCCCCUCAAAAGCCUACAAAUUUAUGGGCCUUUGAUGGAUCCAAUUGCACUAAAUUAACCUAUGAACACUGGCUGCUGGAGUCAUUCAUCAGCCUUGUCUAAGUGGUGGUUUUUUUAUUUGCACUUCUAUACAAGCAACAGGCUGUUUGUUUUACAGUGUCUGAUAACAUUGUUUGUCUACCCCUUCAUAUUUGCACAGUUUGACAUUCCCAGUAACAGCAGCAGUAAGGUAACAUAUACAGUUUUAAACAUCCAUUAAUUCCAUCUGUGGCAUUUUGACAGAAUAUGGGUUAUAGAUGCAUUUGUUUUAAGACAGUUUUAUUUUUUCCUUCUCUUGCAAAGAUGCAGUUUAUUGCUAUUUGUGAGACAAAAGAUUUUUAAAAGCAGUUAAAGCAUACAUAGGCUCUCAAACCAUUAAUGAUUCUUCCAGGUAAUUAUUUUGCAACAGUAUAGGUAACUUCUUUCUUCCUCCAUAUAAUGCAGUAUGUAAAAUUUAGCAUAUCAAUAAUACACAUAUAUCAAACAGUAUGUAAAAAUCUCUGUUUUAUAGUACAACGGUGCUAUUUUAUAGUUUGUUACAUGAAAGGGUCUGGCCAAAACGGUAAUAGGUAAAAGCAAAUAUGGAAAGAUCAAGCCAAAGAUCAAAUAACAAAACAGUUUUAAAAAUAUUCAGUUUAAAUGAACUAAAACAGCUUCAGAUUACAACAUGGAAAUAACUUUCCCAUAUUCAAAAGAAAAUUCAGAUACUUGUUUCCUUUUAGAUGUUUGAAUGGUGGUGGUUUCACUUACAGUCACGUGGAACACAAAUUCACAGAUGCCUAGGCCCGGAGAAGGCCUCAAAUUUGAAAAACAGCCCUCAAAUGCCUUCAAAGGGUAGCCCAUCAGGGCCUAAGUCUUUCUGAAACAUCAGCACUCUAUUCAAAUGUAACAGAGGAUUACUCAAGUUCUCUGCCAUUUUAAUUCUUUCCACAAUCAGAUGUGACUAAGUUGACUGUCAAUUAGGCUGCUGCAUCUCUCUGUACAUCAGAAAAGGUAAGCUAAUCACCAAAUUACAGCGUAGAAAGAGUCCCCAAGAAGAGAUGAACCUUCGAACUGCUGCUUACAAUAGCCUUUCACGCACUCUUGUGGGAGACAUAUACUUCUGGAUAAUCUCUGCCAUGUAAUCUUGAUAGCUACUGCACUGAUUCUACCUUGACUAACACUGUGUCCUAUGCUCCAUUUUUGUAAGUCAACUCAGUACUAGAUCGGCCAUGCAGCGAAGGGGGAUAGGCAGCCAACAGCGUCCCAAGGUGAGCAAUAAACUUCUCUCUGAAAGAAGGGAAGAGAAGGCAGGGGACAACGCACUGUUCCACCCUGUCCAGAACUGCAACGUGGUUCCACUCAACUUCUUCCCCCCAUCACCCUGUACGCAGUAAACUCAGACAAGGGAUGAAGUAUCCCUUGGUCAGCCCCAAAGAGGACAGGGAGCAUACUGUAUGAAGGGAGCAAUUAGGGAGAUGUUAGAUUAGAUCUGUAAAGGAAGUAUCUCUCUUCAAAGGCUCAAAUCUGCCUUACUUUCUACUACAUCUGUGGGAGUAGAUGGCUGAACUAUUGAUUAAAACACGAGAAGAAUCUCUGCAGACUGCAUAUUGUACGGCUCCUCAAUAGUUUCUUGUGAAACAGACAGGAAAGGUAGGUCUUAAAAGUCUAGCAAAUUAUUAUAGUUCCUUUUUUAUUCCCACAGAAAAUUUGGGUUUCGUUUUUUUUUCAAAGGAAAGUGUGAUGUGUUCCUAUGCAAUCCUUUAAACCCUCUGCUUUCUGCGAGAUGCACGUUUAUAGGCGCAAUAGGCUGCCAUCACAAUGUAAAAGCAGAACAGUAAAUGAAUAAAAAGAACAUGCCACAGCUGUCACUGACUGAGAUAGUUAUGUUGAAAAAGUACAGAGAAACAGAUGGGAAACUAACCUAAAUUAUUUACCACCAAUUCAAUAAACAGAGGUAGCAAUUCUGAUAUCUAUCACAGCUCAUACAGGACAUUUUUUGGUGGAGGGGAUGGAGAGGGAAGUAUUUUUACUUCAGUGGCUGUUAAGAAUUCUGAAAUGCAUUCUAAGAAUAAUCCGUUAUUGUGAUGUCACAGACAUAAUACAUACUUCAUGUCCUAUGAUUCUUUCUAUCUCUUACCUCCUCUGAAGUUCUAAGGGGAGGAGGGAGGAAAGAUGUGAGCGCAAAAAGCAAUUUGCAGAUCUCUGUGGUGGCAAGUUUCUUUGUAGAUAACAUUUUACAGAUGCAUUGUUAACAUAAAUUAAUAACCACACAUCAUUGUGCUAUUUAAUUCCUGUAAAUUAAUUCACAUUUUGGUCUUAUCUUGGGAUUCAUGCACUCACAUUCAUGCCACCAUAUUUCUCCUGUUGAGAAAUCAUAAUUCGAAAAUGUCAUUCACAGACAGCAAUAUCUAACAUCAGAGCUUGGCAACUGUCUAAACAAAUUAGACCAAUUCUUGAAAGAAAAUACAAUAAAUAUGAAUAGCUACAAGCUUCAAAGGCAACACUUUUCUUUACUGGUGAAUAAAUGAUAUCAUAAAAUGGAGAGUAGCUCCACCACUGUAGAGGUGAGAAAUGCAUGGAGGGGAAAUGCACAGUUUUGUAAGAAAUCUCCAGUCAUAUGGCAGGGAGCACAUGAUAUACCAGUCAGUGUGAAAGAUAAAGGGCUGCAUUAGCUUAAUAAUCUCAAUAAAUCCGCUACUUAAAGAAGUUGAAGCAUGAGCCAAAACAUCUCUCUCCCAAAAGUACAAAGCAGUCUGACUUGAAAAACUUCUAAUUAGAGAAAUUGAAGGGUUCAGCUGGAUUUUCAAAAGCACUCCAGAUAUUUAGGAACAGGGCCCCAGUGGAUGCCAUUAUCAUAAAUCACUUAAGUGGUAAGGAAAAUUCCACUCCCCAUCCUUCCAUAUCAUGUAAAUCACAUGAAAGAAGUCACAUAUUUUUGCAUUCUAGAAUAGACAUAAAACUCCAAUUAUUACACAGAAUGUCACUGAAGUUAAUACAUCUCUUUUAUCAAGGUAGCGAAAUUUGAGCCUCAUCUCCGUAGCAACAAUAAUUAAUCAUUAAGAGUUUAAAUGGAAAAUGAAUAAAUUCUAUAUUCUGCCCAAAAUGUACUUUACAAACCUACACUUAGAUUUGUGUGAAAGACUUGUAUGAGGCUCACUUGUACCAUUCAGUCAAGAGAGAAAAGAAAAUCAAAUAACGGGAUAUUGCAUUCAGUCCCUGUAGAUACAUUAAAGGCGGCACCUUUUGCCCAAGACAGAUCACAGCGUCAAUCCCUUUUUUAAGAUUAAAGAAUGAAUAAAGGGUAGGCUUUCUUUACAGAAAUGAAUUCCAUACAAAACUAGUAGCUAUGUUCAGUUGUCCCAUGAGCCAGUUGUUGACUUAGUAUCAGUGGUUAAAGUUGAUUAAUGAAGACUCCAGGCCAAGCACUGAGUCUUCUUGGUUCUCCAUUUUAACAAGCAAGUGCGUGAUAAGACAAGUUCAGAGAAGUGUAUGCAUAUUUACUUUACCUGUUACUGAUUUGGCCAACAAUGCCAAAGUGGUGCUAUUGUUUUGUUUAAGAAAGUACUUGACUAAAAUAUAAAAGAAAGCAUAAAUAUUUUUUUAAUGUAUGAAAAUGACAAUUAUAUAGGUAUGGUUAUUAAAAUAGAAAUACAACUAGCCAUAACUUUUCAACUUUUUGUCACUGAGCAAUGGCAAAGAAAUCUUAAAUCAAUGGAGAUGGGGCAGGAAUAAGAGUCAAAAUGCCACAAAAAUUCAUAGACUUGAAAUGCAAUUCUGAAUCUUUACUCCAAGUCAGAAAUAUAGAUGAAGAAAAGCAUUUAAAGUCAGGGAACAAUGGAUAUGACUGAAAGCCUGUUCAUAUUAAUGAGAGUCCUAUAUCAUACCAAAGAUUUUUAAGCCACAAUCUAGCCUGAAAUCAGUGUAGAGUUUGGCUUAAAGUCAGUGGCAUGAUAUGAUGGAGACUUUCAUUAAGCACAUGUUUUUAUUUUUACCUGAUUACCUUCUCACUCAUGCCAUGCCCCCCAAAAGUCAAUAUUCUUUGGAAAAAAAAAAACAAACCAAAACCACAAAAAAUGCAUCUGAUUUUAACAAGGAACAAAGAAAUAAAUAUUCCUAACAUGAAACUGAUUUUUAAUUCUCAUCAGUUCCAAAUUGUGAGAAAAAGUUGAAAUGUAUGGCUAACAGUCUGUGAUUUUUGUUUUUAUUUUUUUUUUUUUAAACUUUAUGUGGUCACUAUGAACAUCCUAAUGUGCACAAUUUCACAUUUCAUUGUUUUGUUUUGAAAUGAUGGUAAGUUAAGCCCAAAUAGAGAUUCUUGGAACCUAUAGGCUAGAUAGAAUACUUAUGUUCUGAUGAAGGUAUAAUCAAUAUAUUUAAAAUGUUUUAUUUUUAGUCUGAAAAGGAAUAGUAAUAAUUUAUUUGGGGACUCAACCUAUACUGGGCCCUCUUUUAAGGAUACUGUUCAGUGCAAACAAGUCUUCCAAAUGCCAAACUUCUCUUCAAACCCAACAUUCAUUCCUCCCUCCCCCUUCCCCCAGCAAACCUAGUUAAAACACUAUUACAAUAUAAUUUUAUUGUUUGUCUCUUUGUUUUGUUGGGGGUUGUUUUGAUUUGAUUCACUUUGCUUUCAUUUGGGGGGCAGGGGUAAGGAGGAGGAGAUGAGGCUUUCAACCGAUAAAGAAUUUUUCCUCUUGGGUAUAAUCCACGAAAAAUAAAGAAUUUGCCUUGAUGAGAUUACUAAUUAUCCAAUUCAUGUGUGGAAGUAGCAUUAAGUAAAGCAACUAGAUUAAAGUUGUCUUGAAAGAAGGAAAAAAGUUAUUAACACAAAGUUUUUACUCAUUCAAAUCCUACACUAUACAUUUUGCUUCUCACAGCAUUGGAAUAUUCUACUGGACUAUAACUGUCUGAACACACAGUAUCUGAUAUAUAUAAAUCUUCUUUGAUUUUUUACAUGAAGGGUGUUAUGGGAAUAUCUGAAACUUGAUUACAUAUAGUACAGUAUAGAGAUACCAGUCUAGCAGAGACCAAAACAAGAAGGACCUCCUUGAUGCUUACAUUAGGAAAUCUUAUACUAGUUGCAUAAAGUAUGUGUGUAUCUAUAUAUAGAUAUAUACAUAUAUAGGCAUAUAUAUGUAUAUGUGUAUAUAUAUACACAGUUAUAAUGUGUGUAUGUGUGUGUGUGUGUGUGUGUGCACACGUGUAUAUUAUGCUUUUUUUCUUUUUCCUCUCAAGUAAAAUUUGAACUUCUUGCUUUUAACACAUUAUUUCUCAUGGAUGAUAUUCAAUAAUCCAAUUGGAAUUUAAUUUUAGAAGAACAUUGUAUAAGAUGGGUGUCACAAGUUAGAUCCUAUCUUUGUUUUUCACACCUAAAGAAAUGACCUAAUUUUUAAAUCAUAAGACACUUUGCUAUCAUCAGGCAAAUCUAUGUAUCUGCUUAAGUAUAGAUACAAAAUAUUAACUGAGGGCCUUAUUAUGAAAACUUUCAUUUAAAAAUUUUGUUUUAUUUCAUUCUUCUCCAGAUAAAAAAAUCUCACUUAACAGAAGUGUAAGCAUUCCUUCAAAAUAAGAAUAAUGGGUAAAAUAAACAGAGAAGAAUGAAAAUACCUGUCAUUUAAUAAUAUCACCUCAAUUAUUAAGUUUUAAUUAGACCUUUUUUGUAAGAAUAAUUCAUGCCUCUCUAUAGGACCCUUAACUAUUUCAGAAGUGGAAAGACUUUGCACUGUAAAUUCCUAUAUCCCAAAUUAUUUAUAAUAACUUUUGAUUUCUCUGUAUUCUUCAGCAACUUUUUAUUUUGCCAGCUUGGCUCAGAAAAGUCAUAAAAAGCAUCAACAUGAUACUUCUGCUGCUAAACAUUCUUUCCCACAAAUAUUUAACAUACAUACACCCACCUACAAUAUUUACAUAUUCACACUAGACUGAAGUUCUUAAGAAACAGCACAAUUACAGUUGGGAUAUUAUUUCUUUUUCUGCAUUUUAAAGGUAUGAACCAUUUUUUUAACUAAAUCAAAGGCAUUCGAUCUUACUGUAUUUUACAUUCAUUAGUAUCAUCUCAUUCCUCUAAAGCAACAACAAAAUACCUGCAGAACAAAAAGGACACUAUCUUGAUAAAUAAGAUCAUGCUUCACAUACUCGUGUUAGAGAAAAAGGUUUAACCAGAUAACUAUAUUUACAUCUGAUUCAAUGAAAUUCAUAUUUUGUAAUGAAAUAUUUAGCUUUGUAAAUUUUAAAAUCAAAUGAAUGUUCCACUCUUCCUGGUUCACUGGCAUUAACCUGGUUUACGGUAUGAAAAAGCUCACUUUAGCAAUGAUCAGACAAAGGAUCCAAGACCAAUAGACUAAAGUGCUACCAGUGAAAGAAGUACAAUGUCCUUAUUUUGUGCACAGGGAUGAAUUCUAUCUUAAUUUUUUUUUCUUUUUUAGAUUAGAAUUUCAAAUCAAGUGCAUAUAAAAACUGCAUAAGAAUUAUAAUACUUUUCAUUAUUUCCAUUUAGAGACAAGUUUGAAUAUAAUAAAGCACGUGCAAGUUAUGCUGCAUGAUACAGUAUAUAAAUCUUACCUUUUAAUUUAUUACCAUUUCUAAGGAAUUAGUUCAACUGAAUUCUAUAGAAAUCCUGUGCAAGAUGAAAAAACAAUUGUUAAAAGUGUAUAAUAAUAACAGUUGCCUGAUUAAACUGAGUCUCAUCAAACAUGAGUCAUAAAAUGCUCUACUGAAAGCAUACUGGUACUUUGUAAUGUUCUGAACAGCUUCACCUGUGGUCUGAUACUUCACGUUGCUUUUAUCAGGAUGUGAUGGUUCUGUGUUAUAGUUUCUUAAUCCUUGGAGUCUUUGGGUUGAAUAUUAAACAUGUUUAUCAAGCCUCAGGAUUUUAGGAAACAAGUUAAAGUAGAAGAAGCAGCACCACCUGCUGCUGAUAAUCAAAUCAUACAUGAGCUUUCUCUCCUCCCAAAUUAUCUGCAAAGCCACUCAGAAGUGCUAAAUGAAGAGAUCAAUAGCACUUGGUUUUCAGGAGGACACCCUUUCCAACAGGAAUAUUAACUGUCUUCCCUUUCUUCACUGUUGGACUUCAGUUGGUAUCCUGGCUAAGACUGGGGUUUCCAUGAUGCAAGCAUGAAUGUGGAUACAUGAAUUUCUGAUUUCACUACUGAAUAAUGCUACUAUUAACAUUUCAAGUCAUUAUAACCAAACAGUGACAAGUGUUAAAUGUUCGUUCACUAAAAACCAUUUAAACUCUCUAUUAAAGUUCUAACUGGAUUUAUUCUUUCUUUUUUUAUUUUCUUGUGCUUACUCAUAGUACAAUGUCACUACUUGAUGACAAAUAAUAUUUCAUACUGUGUAUGUAACAUCAUUGUGUUGCAGAAUCCCCCAAAUACCUCAACAAUGUCUUUGUUGCGCUAUUCUCCCCAUUUAGCACUUAUAAGCUUUUCUAGUAACAACCAAUAAAUCAAAAAACGAAGCUCUUAAUAUGUACAAACAUUAAAAAAAUCAAGAAUUUUUGCUAGUUUGCAGUUCAUGUAAUGCCAUCUUGACCAUUCUCUUCCCCUCUCUCUACAAGCUGUCUAGAACAGUAAACUUUGCUCCAUAAAUAAUAGUGUAUUCAUGCUUUUAAAGGCUUUUAUAUGCAUUUAUGGUAGGUAAAGGUUGGAAGAGGUAGUUGACUGAUUUUCACUUUUAUCUACUUUGAUUUCAGUAAAGGGCUUUGUCACUCUGUAUACAUAAAGGCUAAUGCACCCUUUGGUUUGUAGAAUGUACUGAAAUGUUUGCAACCCUCUUGGUAUCAGGUCCAAAAUGUGAAGCAUUACUGUUAAGAGGGUAUCUUUCUAAUGUAUUUGUAUGUAUAGUUUACACCUCUGUGAGG